CUAUAUUCCCUUGACUUUCAAAAUUGUUUCAACGAAGAAGAAGGAAGAAAGAAAGAAUCAACGACAAAUGGCGGAAACAAAGGUCAAAAUCUCAGAUCCAGAAACAGAGUUCUUCGCUUCAAAGCAAGAAACAGGACACGAGUGGGAGCUUUUCAAAGAAAACGUCCGUCCUCUAAAGAGAGGACGCAAUGUCAGUCUCCUCAACCACGCUCUCAAAUCUCACUCCGACCAACAAUUAAGAAAGACCCUAAUCGAGAAACGGAGGAAGUUGAUUGAGGAUAUAGAUGAGUACGAUGGUGAUGACCCUCUCUUUCCAUGGAUAAAGUGUGUUAAAUGGGUACAGGAGGCGUUUCCUCCGGGAGGAGAGUGUUCGGGACUGUUGGUGAUAUACGAGCAAUGCGUUCGUAAGUUCUGGCACUCAGAACGGUACAAGGAUGAUCUUCGUUACCUCAAAGUCUGGUUGGAAUAUGCGGAGCAUUGUGCUGAUGCGGAAGUGAUUUAUAAGUUCUUGGAGGUUAAUGAAAUUGGAAAGACACAUGCUUUGUACUACAUAGAUUACGCCUUGCAUAUGGAGUUUAAGGGUAAGGUGAAGACGGCUAAUGAGAUUUUCAAUCUCGGAAUCUCUAGAAAUGCAAAGCCUAUGGAGAAGUUGAAUGAUGCUUAUAAAAAGUUCAUGGUGAGAACAAUGAGAAGGUCCAAAACAGUUGAUGAUGAGACAAAGGAGAGUGACUUACCCGCAAGAAGCUUUGGGACUUUAUUGUUUAGGGGAGAUAACAAUAAUACAGGAAGGCAGGCUUUAGGACCACAAGCCAAGAGAACAAAGCCUAAUCACUCAUCCAAGGCACCGUUGGCUAUCUACAAGGACACUACAUCAGGGGAUCAAACAGAGUCGAACAAGUCAAAACCAGAGUUUGGUUCUUGGCUUAUGCUUGGAGGUAGAGCAGAGAGGAACAAAGAGAACAAUGCCUUACCUGGAAAAUGGACAGCAUUCAAGGUUCCUCAGAAACCCAUUGUGAGAACUGCUGCUGCUGCCUCAGCUUCUUCCUUUGAGGUUUUUGUCGAUGAAGAAGAAGAAUGUACAGAUGAGGAAGUAGAGAAAAAUAAGAGUGAAACCAUCUCCUCAUCAUCAUCAAACGCUUUACCCCUUAACGAUGGCCGUGAGAUAAAGAACUUCUUGCGAUAA